AUGGCCACUGCCAGUGCUGUGAGUUCAGAGCAGAUCCUGUGGGUUUUGGCAAGACUUUCGACUGGCCCUAGAAAUGGGGCUGGAUUGAACUGCGGCUGGAAGAAUUACAGUGUUUCCUUCCUCUUGAUGACCCUUUCUGGAACAUGCCUGGAAUGCGUGAGUGUAAGAGAUGAGGUGGUGUUCACUCAGAGCCAUGGCUGGGCAUACUCAGUAACUGACAAAACAGUUAAAUGUGGUCACGGAGGAGCUGUUGAAGGUGCCAUGGACUUGAUCUUGAUCAAUUCUCUACCUCUUGUAUCUGAUGAUGAAACAUCCCUCACCUGCAUUGCCUCUGGGUGGCACCCCCAUGAGCCCUUCACCAUAGGAAGGGACUUUGAAGCCUUAAUGAACCAGCACCAGGAUCCACUGGAAGUUAUUCAAGAUAUGACCAGAGAAUGGGCUAAAAAAGUUGUUUGGAAGAGAGAAAAGGCUAGUAAGAUCAAUGGUGCUUAUUUCUGUGAAGGGCGAGUUCGAGGAAAGGCAGUAAAGAUACGAACCAUGAAGAUGCGCCAACAAGGUUCCUUCAUCCAUUCGGUCCCCCGGCAUGAAAUACCUGAUAUUCUAGAAAUAAACCUGCCUUAUGCUCAGCCCCAGGAUGCUGGAGUAUACUCGGCCAGGUAUAUAGGAGGAAAUCUCUUCACCUCGUCCUUCACCAGGCUGAUAGUCCGGAGAUGUGAAGCUCAGAAGUGGGGACCUGAAUGUAACCGUCGCUGUACUGCUUGUAUGAACAAUGGUGUCUGCCACGAAGAUACUGGAGAAUGCAUUUGCCCUCCUGGGUUUAUGGGAAGGACAUGUGAGAAGGCUUGUGAACUGCACACAUUUGGCAGAACUUGUAACGAAAGGUGCAGUGGACAAGAUGGAUGCAAGUCUUAUGUGAUCUGUCUCCCUGACCCCUAUGGGUGUUCCUGUGCCACAGGCUGGAAGGGUCUGCAGUGCAAUGAAGCAUGCCACCCUGGUUUUUAUGGGCCAGAUUGUAAGCUUAGGUGCAGCUGCAGCAAUGGGGAGAUGUGUGAUCGCUUCAGAGGAUGUCUCUGCUCUCCAGGACGGCAAGGGGUCCAGUGUGAGAGAGAAGGCAUACCAAGGAUGACCCCAAGGAUACUGGAUUUGCCAGAUAAUACAGAAGUAAACAGUGGUAAAUUUAACCCCAUUUGCAAAGCUUCUGGCUGGCCGCUACCUACUAAUGAAGAAAUGACCCUGGUGAAGCCGGAUGGGACAGUGCUCUAUCCAAAAGACUUUAACCAUACGGGUCAUUUCGCAGUAGCCAUAUUCACCAUCCACCGGAUCCUCCCCCCUGACUCAGGAGUUUGGGUCUGCAGUGUAAACACAGUGGCUGGGAUGGUGGAAAAGACCUUCAACAUUUCUGUUAAAGUUCCUCCAGAGCCCCUGAAUGCUCCAACUGUGAUUGACACUGGACAUAACUUUGCUGUCAUCAACAUCAGCUCUGAGCCUUACUUUGGGGAUGGACCAAUCAGAUCCAAGAAGCUUCUAUACAAACCUGUUAAUCACAAUAAGGCUUGGCAACAUAUUCAAGUGACAAAUGAUAUUGUUACACUCAACUAUUUGGAACCUCAAACAGAAUACGAACUCUGUGUGCAACUGGCUCGUCGUGGAGAGGGCGGGGAAGGGCAUCCUGGACCUGUGAGACGCUUCAUAACAGCUUCUAUCGGACUCCCUCCUCCAAGAGGUCUAAAUCUCCUGCCUAAAAGUCAGACCACUCUAAAUUUGACCUGGCAACCAAUAUUUCCAAGCUCGGAAGAUGACUUUUAUGUUGAAGUGGAGAGGAGGUCUGUGCAUAUAAAAAGUGAUCAGCAGAAUAUUAAAGUUCCAGGCAACCUGACUUCGGUGCUGCUUAACAACUUACAUCCCAGGGAGCAGUACGUCGUGCGAGCUAGAGUCAACACCAAAGCCCAGGGGGAAUGGAGUGAAGGUCUCACUGCUUGGACCCUUAGUGACAUUCUUCCUCCUCAACCAGAAAAAAUCAAGAUUUCCAACAUCACACACUCCUCUGCUGUGAUUUCUUGGACAAUAUUGGAUGGCUAUUCUAUUUCUUCCAUUACUAUCCGUUACAAGGUUCAGGGCAAGAACGAAGACCAGCACAUUGAUGUGAAGAUAAAGAAUGCCACCAUCACUCAGUAUCAGCUCAAGGGCCUAGAGCCUGAAACAGCUUACCAUGUGGACGUUUUUGCAGAGAACAACAUUGGGUCAAGCAAACCAGCCUUUUCUCAUGAACUGGUGACCCUCCCAGAAUCUCCAGCACCAGCGGACCUCAGCGGGGGGAAGAUGCUGCUUAUCGCCAUCCUUGGCUCUGCAGGAAUGACCUGCCUGACUGUGCUGUUGGUCUUUCUGAUCAUGUUACAAUUGAAGAGGGCAAAUGUCCAAAGGAGAAUGGCCCAAGCCUUCCAAAACGUGAGGGAAGAACCAGCUGUGCAGUUCAACUCAGGAACUCUGGCCCUAAACAGGAAGGUCAAAAGCAACCCAGAUCCUAGAAUUUAUCCAGUGCUUGACUGGAAUGACAUCAAAUUUCAAGAUGUGAUUGGAGAGGGCAAUUUUGGCCAAGUUCUUAAGGCGCGGAUCAAGAAGGAUGGGUUACGGAUGGAUGCUGCCAUCAAGAGAAUGAAAGAAUAUGCCUCUAAAGAUGAUCACAGGGACUUUGCAGGAGAGCUGGAAGUCCUUUGUAAACUUGGACACCAUCCAAACAUCAUCAAUCUCUUAGGAGCAUGUGAACAUCGAGGUUACUUGUACCUGGCCAUUGAGUACGCGCCACAUGGAAACCUCCUGGACUUCCUGCGCAAGAGCCGUGUACUGGAGACGGACCCAGCAUUCGCCAUUGCCAAUAGCACUGCAUCCACGCUGUCCUCCCAGCAGCUCCUCCACUUCGCUGCCGACGUGGCCCGGGGCAUGGACUACUUGAGCCAAAAACAGUUUAUCCACAGGGAUCUGGCUGCCAGGAACAUUUUAGUUGGUGAAAACUAUAUAGCAAAAAUAGCAGAUUUUGGAUUGUCCCGAGGUCAAGAGUAUGUGAAAAAGACAAUGGGAAGGCUCCCGGUGCGCUGGAUGGCGAUUGAGUCACUGAAUUACAGUGUGUACACAACCAACAGUGAUGUGUGGUCCUACGGUGUGUUACUCUGGGAGAUUGUUAGCUUAGGAGGCACACCCUACUGCGGGAUGACUUGUGCAGAACUCUAUGAGAAGCUGCCCCAGGGCUACAGACUGGAGAAGCCCCUGAACUGUGAUGACGAGGUGUAUGAUCUAAUGAGACAAUGCUGGCGGGAGAAGCCUUACGAGAGGCCGUCGUUUGCCCAGAUAUUGGUGUCCUUAAACAGAAUGUUAGAGGAACGAAAGACCUACGUGAAUACCACGCUUUAUGAGAAGUUUACUUAUGCAGGAAUUGACUGCUCUGCUGAAGAAGCGGCCUAGGACAGAACAUCUGUAUACCCUCUGUUUCUGAUUCACUGGCCUGGGAGACCCUUGACAGCUGCUGGGAAAGCAUGCCUCUGUCAAGAGAUGUGACAUAGAAGUGUACAUACUUUCUGUACACCUGGGACCUUCACCUCUGUAGAUCCCACACGUGGAUCUCUAUAGUAUGUGCCGACUCCAAUAGGACUGUAUAUACUGUUUUGAGUAAGAAUGUGCUGAAAUCAGAAUGCCUGUUUGUGGUUUCAUAUGCAAUAAUAUAUAUUUUUUUAAAUGUGGACUUCAUAGGAAGGCGUGAGUACAAUUACUAUAAUGCAUAACUCAUUAUUGUCCUAGAUAUUUUGAUAUUUACCUUUAUAAUGAGUGCUAGUAAAUGGUUUGCUGUGUCAGAGUAAAAUAUUGUUAAUAAACCUAACAAUGACCCUGAUAGCACAGGUUAAGUGAGAGAAAUAUAUGAAUUCUAAGAAAACAUAGGUUAAUAUUUAAGAGACUGAACAAUCUAAGUGAUAUAAAUCAGAUUCCUCUCUAUCUCAAUCUUACUCUCACCUGUAGCAGCCGGUCUCAUUUCAUUUAGUCAUGUGACAAUUCUGUCUUCUGUUUCCACAGCCUGCAAGUCAGUCCAGAAUGCUAAUAUCCAAAAACAGACUUAAAGCUUGUUCCUUACAAGCCUAAGACUCUUUAGAGGAGAAUACAUAUGUUUAAGAUAAAAUUUUCUUUUCUCUGGUAAUAGUGACUUGUAUAUUUUAAGAAAUAAUAAAAACAGAAAGCCUGAGUGAGAUUUGGGAGACAUGUGACAUUUAUAUAUUGAAUUAAUAUCCCUACAUGUAUUGCACAUUGUAAAAAGUUUUAGUUUUGAUGGGUUGUGAGUUUACCUUGUAUACUGUAGGCACACUUUGCACUGAUAUCAUGAGUGAAUAAAUGUCUUGCCUACUCACAUCUCAUCCAGGAGUAUGUCUCA